UGCCUUUUCUUUUAGUGUACUCUAUAAAUACUAAUUUUGAAUCAAUACCAAAAUGUCCAACUGCCUUGAUGUCGUUAUAAUUUAGAUUAAAAUUUGAGGUAGGAAAAUGUCUGAGCCAAAUUAUCCAAGAGACCCAAGGGAUCCAAGGGACCCAAGAGACCCAAGGGAUCCAAGGGACACAAGGGAUCCAAGGGACCCAAGAGAUACAAGAGACCCAAGACAAUCGAGGUAUGAUGAAGAUGCGACACAAGAAGGGACUUCUAGAUCCGUUGGUAUUAAUACUAUCGGUAACGCGUACACAGAUGAUGCGGAAUCAAGGCUCUCGAUAAGCCCUUCUCUACAAUCUUACAGGGAAGAGGUCAGCCAGUAUAUGGUAAAACGAGAGAGUUCCACCUAUCGGUAUUAUCCCGGUACAGAGACUUCGGAGUUCGACUACAUGGAUGAGCGAAGGGAAUUGAAUAAUACUAAUUUGCUGGAGUCCAUUGCCCAUGUGAUAAAGGGAAGUCUUGGCGCCGGCGUACUGAGCAUGCAUGAGGCCUACAUGUAUGGAGGACUAUGGGCCUCUUUGGUUUCAACCUUUAUAAUUGGUUUCAUUCUAUACAAUGCGAUGGCUAUGUUAGGUAAAUCGGCACAUACAAUGUACAGACGAUUGAAGAUAUCUAAAUUAUCCUACCCUGAUUUGGCAGAAGUCACUCUCGCCACAGGUCCAUUUCGAUCUUUCAGAAGACAUAGCAAAGUAUUCAGGUACACUGUGGAUUCGUCGAUCUUUUUGUUUAUGUGUGGAACAUGCUGCGUUUAUCAAAUCAUGAUUGCGCAUACUUUGAAAAAUGUUGUGGAAGGUCUGCCCGCGGAAUUUCAAAUGGAAUAUGUUAACAGCAUCAGGCUCUACAUUCUAGCAGCAUCUCCAAUUCUACUUUUACUCUGUAUGAUAAGGAGCCUCAAGUUCUUGGCGCCGUUCUCGAUGUUAGCUGAUAUAUUUAUUGCACUAUCUGUUUUAACAACACUCUACUACAGUAUGCGUUCAGUUAGUAACAUCCGUCACCGUCCGGUCUGGAAGGACAUGCGAGGCUUCGUGAGGUUCUGCGGCAUAUGCUUGUAUUGCACCAGUGGGGUACCAGUAGCUUUGCCUAUCGAGAAUAAUAUGAGGAAACCGAGGUAUUUUCGCACAGCCCUGAGAUGGGGCAUGCUCAUAGUUAUAAUAUUGGUAAGCCUCACUGGAUUCUUUGGAUAUUGGGGAUGGGGCGAGGAAUGCAGAAGCCCCAUAACUGUCCACAUGCCAAUUGAUCAAUUUACGACUGUCCUCCAGUGUUUGUUAAUGAUGAUGCUCUGUACCACAUUCGCUGUCACAUUCUGGGUACCGUUUAGAAUUAUAUGGUUUUACAUCGGCAGGCAGCAUAAAAGGAAACUCGUUUUAUGGGAAAGAUUCUAUCGUGUUAUUAUGGCAAUAAUUGUAACAGGGGUAUCGUUAUUAUUUCCUAAUCUUAUUCCAAUUAUGGUGUUUCUUGGACACUUUUUCUUGGGCUUCAUAGCUUUUGUGUUUCCCGCUUUUAUUGAGCUUUUAAUCACAUGGAACGAUAAACAUUCGUGGAGAGUUAGAUGCACAUGUUUCAAAGACUUCUUCAUAAUAAUAUUCGGAUUACUACUCAGCGGUUCUGCCUUUUAUCCAUCGAUGCGUUGAGAUAUUCAUUGACUGAUUCCCGAAAUUGAACAAGAGUUCAGUAGAACAACAAAUUCGAUUCCCGUACGAACAAUGCCCUGAAAUCCCAAUGACUGGCUGUUUGGAUUCUUUUUUUAAACGAACGGAUCGUACACAAUUGAAUUGUGUAGGGUUUGAAAAAGAAAGUCUUUCCUGUCGUUAUGUAAAGGUGUUAGCACACAACGAGUUUGAUAAAAAAUUUGAAUAGAAAAGUGAGGGUUUUUAGCCACGACUUGAAGUUAUUAUUAUUGCUGGCGUGGAGGAGUGAUAGCGUACUAUAUGGCGUAAAGUGAGGUUUCUUCUUCUACAACUGCAUUAUACUCUCUCUCAGCGCUAUGAUGAAGAUUUUGACAGG